AUGCCUUUCGACGGCGAGAGUGGUCAGGUCUACGACGAAAGGAUCGUACGCGCACAGCGAUCUGGCUGUGCCAAAGGCGAAUGUCGAUGGAUAGGCAGAUGCGUUGGUAUACCGCCGGUGCUUGAAGAGAUGUAUCCCAAAACGAGAUCUCUCCAGGAUAUGUUACUGGCCACUAUUCUGCGCAAUCUGGAUCUGCUAGACAUCCAGUGCUUAGCAACAGUGCCAUCGAUCAUACUGGAGCAAUUAUGGACAGCCAUCAGGCGUAGCAGAUUGGAUCACAUUCGAAUCUGGACCGGAUUUGCCACUACCGGGGUGUUCGGUUCGAUGGACAGAUCGAGGUUACAAAAAGCCGCUUUGUGUCGCUCUCACGGCAUGGCAGUCAUAAUCAAAGAGGUCAACAGCCCUGCGUUACAAUGGCUGGUGAAUCUCACGCUGCAGACUCUCGAAUGCGCGCCUGUGGACCUGCUACACAUCAGCACCCUGCACAAUCUGCGUAAUCUCAUCAUCCGCGGCGACGCAAAGGCCUCAGUCUGUCUCACCGACAGUGUUAUGCGCGAAUGGGCAUUCGCAGCACGCGAUAAGAAUGCGCUCAGCAAUCUUCAAAUGAUCUUUGCAGACCACCAUCCUGAUCUGACCGCUUGGUCUAUUCAACACCUUGGCCACUUCAAGCAGCUUGACACUUUCUGUGCUCUGGCUUGCGGUUUUGAGAGGCGAGCGAGUUACAAGGCGAAGGAGCUAGGCUGGGCGUCUGGCAGCAGGUUCCUUACAUUCGCGAAGAGCCAACUUCGACUGCGUAGCGUAAGCGAGGGUGGAAUGUUGGAAGAGCUGCCUUGGCUUCAGACGAUUGGCGAUUACAUUUCACAUCGCCGAGGGACUGCGCUCAAUCUGACAGACAACGUUCCAAGGAUCGAACUCUCGGUUGGUCAAGUGCGAAUUGAGGGCUGCCCUCUUCGCUGUACAUUCAGUAUACUCGAUGGCGGACUGCUGUGCUUGGAGCGUGGGCCAGAUUUCGAGCGGCCGUGCAACGACGAUCAGAUUCCAUCCACGGCUCCUGUCAGUAAACGUCGCAAGCUCAAGAGUGGCAAGAUGGUGAGAAUGGACCAACUACUGGACUUAUGA